UGAGGAGGACAUGAGUGGUUCCAGUGGAACAUUGUGUCAGUCCCACAUUAAUAAUUACCACAUUGUUUCAAGGUGACGACACCAUUACCUAAAAAAACCCAGUCAGACGGGUCAGACAGGUUCAUCUGAAACCUUCCUCUCACCGAGAGACGUCGUCAUCCAAUCAGAGCAGCUGAAUCAGUCUCUCAGGUGUGAGGAUGAGUUGGCCCGUGUUGACGCAGCCUCAGCCUCUGGUGUUGUCCUCUGAUGACGCUGAAUGGGCCUCUGGGAUCUGUGACUGCUGCGACGACAUGAGAGAGUGCUGCUUUGCGUUCUGGUGCUGUCCUUGUUUCGCCUGUAAAACCUCUAAACAGUACGGUCACCAUCUCUGUCUCCCCCUGCUGGACGUCUGUGGCUGUGGCUGCGUCCAUCCCCUCACCAUGUCCAUGAGAGUCUACGUCCGACAUCGCUACGGCAUUAAAGGCAGUCUGUGCAGAGACUGUUUGUGCUCCUCCUUCUGUCCGCCCUGCGUCUGGUGUCAGAUGUCCAGAGAGAUGAAGAAGAGGAAACUCCCCACCACGCUGGGUGACAUCUUCCACCGCUGAUGACAUCAUCCACCGCUGAUGACAUCAUCACCGUGACUCCUUUUAUUUGCUAUCAGUGUGACAUUAAUUUAAAUCAGUUCAAUAUUGUUUACAUAUUUACUAAACGUCUGUUCAUAUCUAUUAACAUGUAUUGAUUAAUUAUCUAAUUUGCACUGUUAAUUUUUAAAAAUAUUUUUCUUCACGUUAUUUUUCUUUAAUAUUUAUCAAACAUGUUUUUUUAUACCUUUUUUAUUUAUAAAUUUGAUGUAGCCGUUAUGUUUUGUAGUUAUUGUCCCAACAUAUUGUAAUACUUUAAUUCGUCUGCACUAAUUAAUUACUUAUUGAUUUUUAUUAUGCAGUAAAAUAUUUACUGAAAAUCUUAUUUAAUAAAAUCUUUAUUUAAACAAAUCAAAAUGAGAAAAAAGUAAAUAAAUAAAGACAUUAUAUGUCAGACAAACCAAACUGUGACUCUGAGAACAGUUUCUAUUUUUUUUUCUUUCUUUUUUUUUCACAAAUCAAUGUAAGGUCCAUUUAAAGCUUUUCUGGAGCUUUUGAUCGUGUGACAUGUUCUUCCGGUAGAAAUGGAGGUGUUCUGAUGUUUGUAUAUUUUUCUUAACAUUUCACAAACUUCAUAAAGUGGAAGUUUAACUUUUAUUUC